AUGUCCGCAGAAAGCACACCACUCCUCUCCGAAUUGAUUCCCUCGCACCACCCACUGCCCUCCUCAUCCUUGACCCUAUCCCUAUCACCAUCCCUCCAUAAAUUCCGUCUCGCGAUUGGUAUAAACGUCCCUAUUACCUCGCCGAGCACUUCUCCGCCCUCCAACCUCGAAGUUCUUCGACAAAAUGCCUACGGAAUCUACAAAUCCGUUCUCACUCAACAACACAAGUUCUCUCUCCAAUAUCACCUCAUUGAAAGCGUCUACUAUUCGUCUCUCCUCUCACAGCUCGUCAUCGGCGGAGUUCUCGCUUCAUUUAGCGAACUAUCCCAGACACAUCCGCAGGCAAUUACUACAUUGGGUGUUGUAAACAGUUGUUUAGCUGGAAUUUUAGGGAUAUUGAAGAGUCAAGGAUUGCCCGAUCGACUGCGUAAGGACGAGUUUGAGAUGCGGAAAGUGCAAGAUUUCAUUGAGGAAUGUGAUACCAGAUUGGCUGUUGGAUGGGGAGAGCAAAUGAGUGACGCAGAAGUGGAUGAUUUGAUUAAGGAAGUUUUUGAUCGGUAUGGUGUUGCGAGGGACACCACCGAGAUGAAUAGGCCAAAUAGUUAUGCACAUCAGACUGAUGGGGAUGAGCAUGGAAAUGGAGAUACAAGCAAGAGACAUGGUGGAAUGCAUGCUGCGACGGUCAAUACGAGAGCUUUGAUUGGAGGCAGACAGAGUAAGAUUUCGGUUGGUGGGAAUGGGAAAGCUUUACAAAUAUAUUGA